GUGGAGGACAGGUUUUUUCAUGGGAGAGCACGAAGCUACAUUUGUUAUGUUGAAAGCAAGCAAGCAGCGGUAGGAAAAAAAAACAAAAAAAACAGCGUCCUCUAUGAAUUUUCAGUUGGGGUCCCUAUUAAAAAAAAAAAAAACAAUGACAAAACAAAAACCCCAGCCAUACAAACAGCUUUUUUAUUCAGAAACAUUUUUAAGUAGCUCAUAAGUUAUAUGAAUAGCUUGUAAAAUGUAAUCUCGCCAACUGUAGCUUGGUCUAAAAUCCAACUAGUGGCUACAGCAGAACUGAACUGAAACCCAGACAUGCCAAGCCUCACUCAUUGUAGGAACUUUUCAGUCUCAGCUGUAGCACUGUCACCCCUUAAAGAAAGGAAAUGUCAAAGCGCUUGAAUGCUGUAUAACAAAUCUCACUUAUAGUUGUUGCUCAUUUUGAACGGCAUCUCAGGAAACCCAAAUGCAAGAAUUUGAAUUGCCACGCAUGUAUUUUAUUUCUCAGUGCUACUUUUUCAAACCCUUUUUUUAACAUCACAAAGGCUAGGCAAGAAGUUGAACAGCACCCCCGAGACAGCUGACUGCCCCUCAGCCCAGCCUCCGAGCAGCCAGCAGAGAGGGGAGGGCAGCGACCCCUGUUGGGCACCGCCGAGCGACCCCAACAGGAGCUGCCUUCACACCAGACCCAUCCGCCACCCGGCGCUCCGCAAGUACUACUUAAUGGAUUCUGUUCCAUUGCAAGAAGAAACAAAGACUAAAGGUGCAGUUUGGGAUCAGCCAAAUGGAACGGUUGAAUACACAGUGCGUUCCGAGGACACUCUGUUCAGUGUAGCGUCCCAGUUCCACACCACCCCAAGCCAGCUGAUGAAAUGGAACCGACUGUACACUCAGACACUGCUGCCAGGACAGCGGCUGUAUGUUCCAGACUUGAAGCGGCCACCACAGAGUGCCGCGUCUCUUCCUCCUGGUGAUCGAGCCCCUGACAGCCCCACUACCUGUCCUCCCAGCAGCCCUCUGACUCCUUCCCUAGACGCGGAGUAUGACAAGCUGUUGGACGUGGAGGCGGUUCCAAUGCCUGAUGGACAGCUCUGUCUGCUGGCCCUGCCCCCAGAGUGCUCCCUCGCCCAGGAGGAAGAGUCUGUCGCCGUGUGCUACCUGAAGUUGUGCUGCCGCUACAUCACCGACAGGAAGGGCGUGGUCACAGGGAUCCUGCUCGUCACGCCCAAUAAGAUCUUCUUCGACCCCUACAAGUCCCACCCCCUGGUGGUCGAGCACGGCUGUGAGGAGUACCUGCUGUCCUGUGCCAUCGACAGUCUCGUCUCGGUCUCCUUCUUCAGCGAUAUCUCAGGGGUGCACUUCGCCAGAGCCUCCCCACUGGCAAGAAAUAAGAAGACAGUCAAAAAACCCAAAGCGCUAAACCUGGAGUCACUCAAACGUGGAGUGAGGCCUAGCCCUGGGAUUAUAUCCUCCUCACCUUCAGCUCCCCAGCGGGACAGGGGCAGCACAUCUCCCCCUCCACCAGACAGCUGCUUGAGUUCGCUUUUAAGCCGGAAGCUGUCGGUAGAAGACAAAAACGUCUGGCAGGAGUAUUUAGCAGGUCCCCAGGAAAGCCUGUCUGAUUAUCAACCAGCAUGGGCCGCCAUGACUGCUGGUCAAGACCUUGGUAACCAGAGCAGCAGCCUGGUGGAGUUUGGAGGCAGAGAGAACCUGGAGGAGGGGUAUGUCGAUGUGGGUGCAGGAGUCCUGGGCAGUGCUGCCACCUUCUGCUGUGUUGGUGGUGGAGCAGAGGGGUCAGGAAAAGGCAUCUGUAUGGAAAAGGUGAAGGCUGGAGGAAAUGAAAAGGAGAACGCAUUGCUGGACAAACAGUUCAAAAGAGGUCCUUCCAAGCAGCCUGCCGCCCGCUCUGCUCUGAGGUUCCUUCGGCUGAGGCUCCAGGCCCCUUUGAAGAGGAAAUCCCUCUUCUCUCCAGAGCACAGGGCUGACAAGAGACAGCAGAGCCGAGACGUCUGGUUCAUCCUCGCUCAGGACAAGUCAGAUGAGCUGUAUGCCUAUCUGAGCUACUGGAGGCCUGACCUGUACAUCAUGGAGGGGGGUGGGGAAGAGGGGGAGGAGGAAGAGGAGGAGUUUGUGCUGGUGGAUGAGAAGGAGGAAAUCUCCCCGACUGAGAACCACAGCGCUUCCCAUGUGGUGGAGGACUGGGAGAUCAUCUCUGUGGAUGACAGUGGAGGGGAGCAGGCCAAAGAGCCGGAGGCCCUGACGGACAUCCUAGAGCAGUCAAACAUCAUGGAGGCCAGUCACAUCCGAGAGCUGUCCAGCCACCUGCCCCCGCGGAUCCUGAUCCACUCCUGGCAGUUGGCGUACAGCACCUCCCUGCACGGCUCCAGUCUGAAGACUCUCUACAGGAACUUGUCUCAGAGAGAGUCCCCAGCGCUGCUGGUGAUAAAGGACUUCCACAGCCAGGUUUUUGGAUGCUUCGUCAGCCACCCUUUGAGGUUCAGCGACUCGUUCUAUGGAACGGGAGAAACGUUCCUGUUCACUUUCUACCCGGAGUUUAAGUGUUUCCAUUGGACGGGAGAGAAUUCCUUCUUCAUUAAAGGCGAUUUGGAUUCUGUUGCAAUUGGUGGAGGAAGUGGUCAUUUCGGGCUGUGGCUGGAUGAGAACCUCUACCUGGGGCGGAGCAGUCCCUGCAGCACCUUCGAGAACGACGUCCUGUCAGAGACGGCAGACUUCAGAGUGCUGGAGCUGGAGGUGUGGAACUUCUACUAGCAACACCCUCGCGAAAACAACCCGGGGUUUACUGCACAGGAACGCCACAGCACUGCAGCGAACACCCCUUUCACAGUGUAACCAAACUAGCUAACUAUAUUCAUACUGCAGUGUGUUUUACAGCAGCAGGAACAAGCUUCCACUGGAGUCGCCUGGAAGGAGAGCCGAGGAGAAUACCAGAGCCAAGACUUGGGCUGUAUACUGGACUAGAAUAUUCCCAUGGCGCUGCUGCAGUGGGGCAAUAGAAUAGGGGCAAUAGGGUCAUGCGUCUGCCGUUCGUAUCAAAGAUGAUGCUUCCGUACCCUGCGAGAGUACUUGCUUCACUUCACUUUCUGUUAACACACGCUGGUUAUCAUGUACUGAAGGGUCCACCGCGAUUAAACCUGCAGCAUUCAUUCAUUUAAAUUCUGCGUGGACUGCACGAUUUGUUGCCAAGCUGUCUGUGUGUAUUAAAGUAGUUCGAUUUCAGACAAUUGAUGGGGUUUUGAAAAUCCUCAAUCUUACUUUUCAGGCACUGUUGUAUAAUAUUUAUUUGUAUGAUUUUUAGACCUUUCUACUUUUAACAAUAAACUGCUCAAGCAUGAA